UCUCUCCCUCUAUCACCCUUAACCUCACCAAUAGUUCAGAACAAAAUUAAAACAAAGUCCCUCUUUGCUAGCUUCCUCUCUUUCAAUCCAAGUCUCCCUGUAACAAAAGCUUCGUCAAAUCUGAAAUUACACUGCUUUAAUUAUGAUAUUUAGGUUCCUGAUUGGAGUUUAAAUGAAAGCAAUUACGCUUGGGAUCCGAGGAGUAAAGCUAGAUCAUCUUUUGUGGAGAUAGAAGAAUCAUAAAACACUGAAACAAGCUCUCUGGAUGUUAUAGAUAUUCAUCUAGAAAUGGCGAAGACUGGACUUAAAUUAAGUCCAAGGUUGUCUUUCACUUUCAUGAUAUUGUUGUUUUUCUUGAAUUUUCAUGUGUCUCAUGGUGAUGAACUCGAGAAUCUCUUGUCCUUCAAAGCUUCUAUCAAUGAUCCCUUUCACUUCCUUUCCAACUGGAAUUCCUCUGUCAGUUUUUGCCAGUGGAAUGGCGUCACUUGCAAAAGCUCUUCUCAUGUUAUUAGUAUCGAGCUUUCAGGGAAAAAUAUUUCUGGGAAAAUUUCCCCGGAGGUCUUUCGUUUGCCAUACGUGGAAACCAUCGAUCUCUCAAGCAAUCAGCUUUCUGGAGAAAUUCCCGGUGACAUAUUCUCUUCCUUCCCACUUCAACACCUUAAUCUUAGCAACAACAACUUCACUGGUCCUGUUCCAAGCGGUUCAAUCUCUUUUCUUCAAGAAUUGGAUCUAUCAAACAACAUGCUUUCUGGGAAAAUUCCACCAGAAUUCGGGUUCUUUUCUAGCCUGAAAUUUCUUGAUCUUGGUGGAAAUGUUUUGGUGGGGAAAAUUCCAAUUUCUAUAAGGAAUAUCACUUCUUUGCAAUUCUUGACUUUGGCUUCAAACCAGUUAGUUGGGCCAAUCCCGCAAGAAUUAGGCCUAAUGAGGAGCCUUAAAUGGAUUUACUUGGGAUAUAACAAUCUUUCCGGUGACAUUCCAAAAGAAAUAGGUGAUUUAACUUCUCUGAAUCAUCUUGAUCUUGUUUACAACAAUCUCACUGGACAUAUACCUUCUUCCUUUGGAAAUCUCACAAAUCUUCGGUAUCUCUUCCUCUACCAAAAUAAGCUAACGGGUUCAGUUCCUAGAUCCAUUUUUGGCCUCAAAAGUCUAGUUUCCCUUGAUCUUAGCGACAAUUAUUUGUCCGGUGAGAUCCCAGAACUCGUUGGUCAAUUGCAAAACUUGGAGAUCCUCCAUCUCUUCUCCAACAACUUCACAGGGAAAAUUCCGAAUGCUUUAGCUUCUUUACCUCGUCUUCAAGUCCUUCAAUUGUGGUCAAACCAGUUAUCAGGUCAGAUUCCUAGCAAUCUUGGAAAACAUAAUAAUCUCACUGUACUUGACCUUUCAACCAAUAUUCUCACCGGAAAAAUACCCGAGACACUUUGUAGUUCGGGUGCUCUUUUUAAGCUCAUCCUCUUCUCGAAUUCAUUGAAUGGUGAAAUCCCAGAAACCUUAAGUGCUUGCAAAAGCUUACGGCGAGUGCGUCUUCAAAAUAACAGUCUCUCCGGCGAAUUAUCAUCGGAAUUCACCAGGCUGCCGCUUGUAUAUUUCUUGGAUAUUUCUGGUAACAAUCUUUCUGGAAAAGUCGGGGAGCGAAAAUGGGACAUGCCUUCGCUAGAAAUGUUGAAUUUAGCAGGAAACAAAUUCUCCGGAAACUUGCCAGGUUCAUUUGGCAGUGAUAAGCUUGAAAACUUAGACUUAUCAGAAAAUGAAUUUUCAGGUAAAAUUCCUCCGAGUUAUGGGGAUUUAUCCGAGCUAAUGCAAUUGAAGCUUAGCAAAAAUAAGUUGACCGGCGACAUCCCAGAUGAAUUAUCUUCAUGCAAGAAACUGGUGAGUCUAGAUCUAAGCCACAACCAGCUCAGUGGCUCAAUCCCCGCCAGUUUAUCUAAUAUGUCAGUCCUCGGCCAACUUGACUUAUCGGAAAAUGAAUUGUGCGGAGAAAUUCCGCAAAAUCUUGGAAGAGUUGAAUCACUUGUUCAAGUGAAUAUUUCUCACAACCAUCUUCAUGGUAGUCUACCGUCUACCGGAGCUUUUCUUGCCAUAAAUGCAAGCGCAGUUGCAGGAAACGACCUUUGCGACGGCGAUAGUCCAUCUGGUUUACCACCAUGCAAAAGGAAUAAGAGUCCCACCUUGUGGUUUGUUGUUGCUUGUUUCGUUGUUGCCUUAGCGCUGCUUGCUGUUGCUGCUUUUGUUGUUGUGUUAAUUCGAGGAAAGAAAAAUUUGGAGCUCAAGAAAGUGGAAAGUGAAGAUGGGAUAUGUGAAAUGCAAUUCUUUAAUUCCAAGAUUGCUAAGUCAUUAACAAUAAAUGAGAUCAUAUCGUCCACCAAAGAAGAAAAUCUCAUUUCAAGAGGCCACAAAGGGAUUCCGACUUACAAAUUCAGGUCCUCAGCUAGUGAAAUGCAAUUUAUUGUGAAGAAACUCGUUGAUGUAAACUCAAUAACGUCAAGUUUUUGGUCAAAUAUCUCAGAAUUCGGGAAGCUACAGCAUCCAAACAUCGUCGAAUUAAAAGGAAUAUGCCGAUCUGACAAGGCUGCCUACUUGAUUUAUCAGUGCCUCGAAGGUAAAAACUUGAGUGAAAUUGUUCGAAAUUUAAGCUGGGAAAGACGACAGAAAAUUGCCAUGGGAAUCUCCAAAGCACUACGGUUUUUGCAUUGUCAUUGUACCCCAAGUAUUGUAGUUGGCGAAGUGUCACCGGAGAAAGUGAUCAUCGACGGAAAAGAUGAACCUCACCUGAUGUUGAGCCUUCCCGGGCUAGAAUGUACAGACAGAAACAACACUAUCUCUUCUGGCUACUUCGGCCCAGAAACUAAAGAAACCAAAGAAGUUACUGAAAAGAGCGAUAUCUACGGCUUUGGUCUGAUUCUCAUUGAACUGUUGACCGGAAAGAGUCCGGCUGAUGCUGAGUUUGGCUUACACAAGAGCAUAGUGGAGUGGGCACGAUAUUGCUAUUCAGAUUGUCAUCUAGACAUGUGGGUUGAUCUGAUGAUCAGAGGAACUAAACAAAAUGAGAUUGUUGAGACAAUGAAUUUAGCUCUUCAUUGCACUGCCGGAGACCCCAUGGCUCGACCAUGUGCAAAUGAAGUAACCAAGACCCUUGAGUCUAGUUUUAGGAUAAGCUCUUGUGUUUCAAGCUUAAAAUUUUCUUCACCUAUUUAGCUUUGUAUUAUGAUUUUGUUUACCCUCUUUCUUAUUUUGGUUUUUUUUAAUAUAAUUAAGGUGUUAAAUGAUUGUCACUCAAAUGUUUUGUUUGAUGGUAUGUUGGGUACAUACUAAUGAAUGUAAAAAUGUAGAUAAAUUAAAUGUCAUAGUAUUAAUUACAGUUCUUUUAA